UAAACGGAAAAGGAGAGCAACCCCGUAUUGUGGCAGGCAAAACCACUUGCAGCGAGGAGUGACCCCGGGGGGAUAUGACCGCUUUGCUCCAGGUCGCCUUACAUCUUCCAAAUUGGAGGAAAUGGCAAAGACGGAAACAUGUAACUCUCCUUUGGCCACUAAACUGACGAAUAAGCGGUUUGAUGGAAAGCAAGCCGAGGUGAUGGAAGACACCUCUACCUGGAAUGAGCAGCUGGAGAAAGAGCUCUUACGGGUUCUGGGGAGUCUGGAUGAGCAGCUGGCACAAGAACAAACCCAAGGUCCAGCAAAGAGAAGGACUACAACCGACUAUGGCUGCAGAACAUCAGACACCAAUCAGUACCCCACUGUUACCAGACAGAGUUUCCGGAGGGGAAUGCAGAGGAAUGAGCGGAGCAUGUUUUUGCCCGAUGGGACAAGGACCCUGAGAGCCAGAGAGGAACACCCAGCUUUCUUCCGCCCAAGGACACUUUACGAUACAUACAUGAAAAAAUAUCACGUGGAAGAUUACGCGAACCAGAAUGUGUUGGACAGAAGGUCUCCUGUUCCAAAGAGAUGGUGUUCUACACGUUCUCUUGGACAUUCCUCUGAAGGCAGCUUGGAACACCUUUCAGGCCUACGUGGCAGCGGGUUUCAGUGCAGGGACUUCCGAUGCACAGAUACAGUUAGCAGAAGUUAUUCUUUGUCUUCUCUCUCUAGGCGCCAGUCUUCAGGAUCCGUUGAUCUGCUUCCCUCAGAAGGUCUGCAGCAUCCUUGCAGUGAAAGGCUACAGAACGUUCAUGCAGCGGAAGGCAACAGAACGUUCACGCAAAGGAAUUAUCGCCACCCUUCCAAGCGGACUCCUCUAUCGUCUAUCGUAUGGAACCCACCACACUCCUCAGAACGUCCAUUAGAUCAAGACAGGAUACUUCGGACGCAAUCCUUAAUGGACUUUGGCCCUAAAUUUGAAGAUACAUAUCCUUGUUCUCCUUGGGACAAUACAAAAUAUGAAUUUUACCGAUCAAACCUCAGUCACAGACGAGCAGUACCAAACGCCAGUCAUUCAAGCAGGGUUGGUUAUCCUGACAAGUGUACAGACCCUCUGUGUUUUGAAAAUUGGGAAAAUUAUGUACUGCGUCAGCCAGAAAGGAAUAUUGCAAGCCCUUGCAACAGAUAUUCAUCGCUGCGUGGUAGGACACACCUCUUCCACAAGAGAUUUCCUUCUGGAAGAACGGAGGAGCAGCUUUUGGGGCCUGACAGUAACCAGUAUUAUAAUGAUGACCCCUUUCUUGCCUGUGAUGCUGACUUUGAAAGGAUUCCAACCAGUCUUAACUGGCAAAGUGCCCAUGCAAAAAACACUGGUUUACAACAACGUGAAAGUGAUGCUCACAAUAAUGUACCGGAACACAUGAGGAAUACGGAUCGUUUAGACAAUGAAACCACUGAAGAGUUUUUAAAGCACACAAAAGGCAUAGAGAACCGUCCAAUGUAUACCUCAACAGCCCCUUUGCCAUUCAUCAGAGCGAGGGCUUUCAAUCAGCCUGUCCUAUCUGAUUCAAGGGGCCCAGCAAAAUACGCAGCUCAAAGGCAAAAUCUGUUCACUAGGGGUGGACUUGUAAAGCCUUUGGUUACACACACUCAAGCCAAGGAAGACUUCCAAACACCUCCAUCAGAGGAGUUGAGGGAUACCGGCCAGCUAAGCAGAGGAGGCAAUGGAGACCUUAAAGAAGGGACAUUGGGACCAGUUUCUGGGGGAGCGGACACAAACCAUCCAACUGAAUGUCCUCCUAAGAACUCUUCAGCAGCUGUCCCACAGACCAGUACAUCUUUUAAACCACCCGUCUCGCUGGAUUCGAAUGUGCAAGCCAAGUCAGCUUCUUCAAGGGAUACUGAAAAAAUGUAUUUAUCAAGCACUCAGCAGAGAAAUAGACAAAGCAAGGGAAAUGAUAGUGCUUUGAAUAGUGACCUUGAUCAAAUGUCUGUUCCUUGGCUAACUGGUAACAGGACAAGGGAUUUGCUUUUUCAGAGCUUGCAGCAGGGGACACGUCAUUCUGAAAGCUUGAGAGUUCCCAUGCACAAGAAGCCGCAUGAGAAUAUCCGUUCGUCUGGUUUCGGUAGAGCCUGGAAAGGAUCUGAAGGUGAUGGAUUAUCAGACCCUUGCACUGAAAAGUCAAAUAUGCGCAGCAGUUUUGUUAGAUAUGCAACCAGCAACAGCAUCACUGGCUCUCCCUGUAGUAGUCCUCCUAAGUCUCCGGUUAUGUAUUUCACCUUACCGAGAAAAUCUGCCAGUAUCGACGGUAGUGUUGUAUCACAGAAACCUCUCUCUUCUCCUAAAAGAAGAGUCCCAUUUGAAAAGCAGGCAGCUAUGGAAGACAAUUUAAAGAAACUUAUAGCAAACAGAAAGGAAAGGAGUUCUUGGAAUCAAAGAGACCCAAUUGCCUAUGCAAGUCCAACCCAUUCUUCAUUGCUUAAAGGUGUCGCCUAUGAAAGAAACAUCGCACAAACCGAAGGCCACCAUCCCGAUCCUUCCUUAAGAGCAACAGAUAAGAUUGUCAGAAAAUCGGAAAAAAGCACAGUCACACGUUGUCUAGACAAAACGGAAACUACCGUGAUCUCUGACUGUGAGGAAAUGGAUGCAGGAAACCCUUUGCAGAAAUGUAAAACUACCAGUAUGGUUACAGUUAGCGUUGACGAAGAUAACAUCAAAUACCAUGAGCUGAUUUCGGUUUAUUAUACAUUACCACGGAAACCUCCAAGAAAGUUGUGUGAUCUCUUUCUAGAUGACUCCAGUAAUGUGGGUCCUUCCCCACCCUCAGGACAGAGCCCCUCCAAGAAAUGUGUUCACACUGGUUUAGAAGCUGCAGGCUUUCCUUGCAAUUUAGAAAAAGCAGACUUGUCUGCCAAGACAUCUAUCACUCCUGAUAUGUCACAGAACUCAGAAAUUCCAGACAAAGCUAAUGAAGAAGGCCCCCAUGUUAGCAGUCCCAUUACGGACUCGCUCCUCGCUCCUCAAUCGCAAUUUAUGGGGAGUAACAGAAAAGGAGCACCAGAACAACUAAUGGAUGCUCAAGCACUUAGUGGCAACAGACCACUAUGCCUUGGCACAUCAAACCUGAAAAUUCCUUUGGGAAAAGUUGCUGUACCAUCUUCUACCCUAAACACCAGGAAUGCUCAAAAAGAGACUCCCUUGGGUGGUCAGCCAUUGGAUGAAUCAACCGUGAGCGACAAGCCACAUAUUCUUUCUUCUUGUUCUAUGGAUAGUGAAAAAAGGAAGUGUGCUUCAGAUCCAGCAACUGAUGCCCCAAUGAGCUCUACUGAAGAGAAAAUGAGGCGAGAAGCAAAGGUCAGAGAGCGGGCACGUCAUAUAUGCCAUAUCCUUGCCCUACAUAGCAAAAAAGGGAAUGGGUUGCAGCCGAGAAAUGAAAGGGUCACCAGCGGCACAGGUGAAACGUUAACUUCAGGGACCACUGUGCAGUCACAUUCUGAGAACCAGACACUUCAGGUGGAAGCAGCUACCAUAGUUAAUCCAUCACUUCAACCAAAUACUCCAGUUACAGGUCUUUUGAAGUCUCCAAAACCUAAGCAAGAGCAGACGCUGCAGAAUAGCCCAGUACACACAGUUUGCACAAGUUCAGAGAUAUCUGUGAGUAACUCAGUAGAUAACCAGAACCUUAUCUCAGAAGAUCAGCUCCCAAGUACCGCGCCAGAUUUCCCUGAUGGUUCAACAGCUGAAAAUAAUCUUACUUUGGAUAAUGCUCAAGAUAAAGCCAGUGAAACAGAAAAAAGAAAGAACAGGCCUUCAUUUAAAAACAAGCUGGCAGCCAUGUGCAAAACAAACAGGAAGUUUUCUAGUAAGAAAAACUUAAAUCCUAAGCCACACGUAAGUAGUAUAUUUUCACAUAAUGACGCCCCUUCUUCAGAGUUAAGUGAACAUCUGCUAAUUUCAUCAGUUGUCCCCCAGUCCCUUCUGCAAACUGGGAAUGAGAACCAGAAUCAGAAUGCUCUGCCUGGUGCGCUUGAGAACAAGAAAUCACAAACUCACGAGGGAUCUCCGUUGGUUCCCAAUGAGAACAGGAGGCCUUUUACAAACUUGUGCAAUCAGAAAAGGGAAACUGACAGUUCCAGACACAGUGAUAAAAGAGUAGAGAGCAACAUUCCAAACCCUGCAGGUUUACGUAAAAAAGAAAGGGAUCCCACACUAAAUAAUUUCCAAGCCCAUGAUGACGCUCCAGAAAAUAACAAUUGUCCCACAGUUUCCAGAGCUACUGCUGGAGAUCUCAGCCAGAAGAAAAAAGACGUCACAACCACUGGGGAGUCUUCCUUGUUUUCCCCUUCAUUUGAUAAAAACUUAAACAAUCUAACUAAAAAUUAUUCAAAAGCAAAUAUUUGUUUGCAACAGAAGGCAGUUCCUCCCACAGAAUACGACCACUAUCAAAAGCACUCAAAUAGGUUAAAAAGUCAAAACCUGCCCCUUGUUGAGCCAAGUCCUAGCAAACCACAGCGUGAGCGCCAUUUUUCUGAAAGUUCCUACACACACGAGCUCCAUAAGACCCUGGCUCCAAAGAGCAGCUCGAUCCGCCACAACAGUAGGAAAUUUAAUUCCUAUUCUGAAUUGUUGUCCUGCAAUGAGAAUGAGAACUGGGAGGCCUACAGUGACCCUAACAGGACCUUUGGAUCUAGGCACUUAGUGUAUCCAUCUGUUGAAUUCGGCAUUUUUGGGAAAGAACAGCAGCAGGCUUUCUUGGAUAAUAUAAAGAGAUCACUUACUGAGGGACGGUUGUGGAGGCCGUGCCUUCUGAAGAACCCUGGCUUUCUGAGAAAGGAGGAGGACGGCUCCUUAAACAAGUCUGAGCUCCUGGGUUCAAGUUUCCCUGAGAGAAACAAGUCCAAAGAAGGUUCGUCCGAAAGGGAGCCUGUUGAAGCAGGCCCUGUGCAUCAUUCAGACUCUGACUCUGACACCACUACAGAUGAUGAGUACUACCCAAAUGAGGACGAUAGAGAAUCUGAACUCUGA